AUGAAAAGGAAAAUAAUUACUGUUCAAGGUUCACCAGGAUGCCAGCUUAGGUCAGAAAUCUUCAGCAGUUUGAUGAGGGGAAAGGCGCAAAAAAUUUUGGAGGUUGGAAUUGGUACAGGACCUAAUCUCUUUUACUAUGCUAGAAAUUCUGAUGUUCAGGUUGUUGGCAUUGAUCCAAACCAAACGAUGGAAAACUGUGCUCGGUCCGCCGCGAUAUCUGCUGGCUUGCCACCUUCGAAUUUCGAGUUUAUUCGUGCUGUCGGGGAGGCUAUACCAUUAGAUGAUGCUUCGGUAGAUGCAGUGGUUGGAACAUUUGUCUUGUGUUGUGUCAAAGAUGUUUCCAUGACACUUAAAGAAAUUAAGAGAGUGUUGCGGCCAGGCGGGGUCUAUGUAUUUAUAGAACACGUUGAAGCAAAAGAGGGAAUAGUUCUCAGAUAUACCCAGAGAAUUCUAUAUCCUCUUACAAGUAAAUUUGAAGUUGGGUGUCACUUCCGUAGAGACACAGAAAGCCUUAUAUCAGGAGCUGGGUUUUCAAGAGUUGAGCACAAAACAAUAUUUCUGGAAAAUGCUUCAUUUCUAAAUCCCAAUAUACAUGGACUAGCUUACAAGUGA